CCGGACAUUCUGAAAAAGAAACACUAUGUGAACGCUAGAGAGGAAAUAUUAAUAAUCCGAGAGCCGGAACACCGAAAAGAUGAAUAAGUUAGCCUCGCUUAACCACUUCACCAAACGCGUGGCAAAGUCCGCAAAUAACGGGCCGGGCGUUGGGGAACAGGUGCGCAUGGCGGACUGUGUGCCUCUGUGUCGCUGCAUGUCGGAUCCGUGUGUUUGUCGCUCCUCACAAGACAGAGAUGGACGGAAUCUACUUCAGGAGCAUGGAGAACGUCUUGAAUCUUGGUCCUCUACGAAAUUUGCCUUUGAUAAUCUGGCGUAUGAGCCGGAGAGCCUCAAUGAACCCAGGCCGAAUUUGGACCACAUCUCUCGGGCGUGUUUCCACCUCAGUGGCCCGGGCUCCCUGGGCAGUGCUCAGGGCCUCCACUCACGGCUCUGCGCCCUCAGCGGUGUAGUGGGUGUGUCCGUGCCCCCGUCUGAUGGCCGAGCCUGGGUAGACCACCGCCCCUCCAUGGUCACGGCCAGAGAGAUCCUGCAGGAGAUCCAGGGAAUGGGAUACAGGUUGGGAAACGUGACCAGCACGUGGGUGGCCAAUCCUGGUGAACCAGUGCCAGAGGAGAGCUGGGUGAGGUUCAGGGUGGAGGGAAUGACAUGCCACUCAUGUUGCCACUCCAUCGAAGGGAGGCUCGGAGCACUGCAAGGGGUUGUGGGUAUCCAGGUGUCUUUAAGCAAGAAGGAAGCUGUUGUACAGUUUAACUCAUCGGAAGUGAAUCAUGAACAACUAAGGGGACAUAUAGAAGACAUGGGUUAUGAUGCCUUUCCAAUAGACCCACAUUCACUGGAGUCAGCUCACACUGGAGUUCACCCAGCACAGAUUGUUCAGGUGAGGUUAGGUGUAGAAGGGAUGCAUUGUGGGUCAUGUGUAAAGAAUAUCACAGAGAGCUUAUCCGGAAUGCUAGGCGUCUGGUCUGUGCUUGUGUCCCUGGAAAACAAAUGCGUGGAUUUGAAAUAUGACAUAUCUUUGAUUACUCUGGAUACAGUCAAAGGGAUGUUGGAGAACCUUCCUCCUGGGGAUUUCAGGGUAACCCUUCCAGAUGAUGUUCCAGAAUUGUCUUUUCACAACCUAAGGAAUGAUGCCUCGGCAUGCUCUCAGAAUGUUGGAACUCAUUCUGUGGAUGGCAUUCGGCUCCAGAAAGUGACAGUAGGAAUAAAAGGAAUGACUUGUGACUCUUGUGUACAGUCCAUAGAGGGACUGGUAUCUCAGAGAGAUGGUGUGCACUCCGUGACGGUGUGUCUGAGCGAGGAGAAGGGAAUAAUCACGUUUGACCCCAUUCUGACCUGUCCUAUGGAGCUCAGGAAUGCCAUUGAGGACAUGGGUUUUGAAGUACACCUGCAAGAAGAUUCUGUCCUAGGGGACACCUUCUUCAGCAGGCAGGGGUCACACAAAAGCACACCCCCUUACCUCAGAAACAUGACUCUACCAAGAUCCAAGCCCCAGACCCCAAAACCUCAUGCAGCAGCAGCAAAUUCAGUGAGAACACAAGUUCCUGAACAGGAGAAGACCCAGAAGUGCUUCGUACGUGUAACUGGGAUGACCUGCGCUUCGUGUGUAGCCAACAUUGAGAGAAACCUGCACAAGCACAAAGGGAUUAAAUCUGUCCUGGUGGCUCUUAUGGCGGGAAAAGUUGAAAUAAAGUAUGACCCGGAGGCUCUGGACCCAGCUAAGAUCGUCCAGCUCAUCAGUGCCCUGGGGUUUGGAGCUUCAGUAAUGGAAGAUGGGGCAGUCAGUGAUGGUGUUCUGAACCUUUCUGUGACAGGUAUGACAUGCGCCUCCUGCGUCCAUAACAUCGAAGCCAAACUCUGCAGAACAGAGGGUGUUCUGGAGGCCACCGUUGCCCUGGCAACCAGCAAGGCACAUGUGAAAUUCGAUCCAGACGUGAUCGGGGCCCGUGAGAUCAUAAGAAGCAUAGAGGGUCUGGGAUUUGGAGUGUCCUUGAUAAAGAAUGAUGCCUUACGAAAGAACGAGGGCUCGGAACUCCAGGGGGAGAUACAGCAGUGGAAGCACGCCUUCCUGUUCUGUCUGGUGUUCGGCAUCCCCGUUAUGGGUCUGAUGAUCUACAUGAUGGUGAUGGACAGCCAACACCCCGAGCACGGGGGCUCCAUGCCUGAAGAGCAGAACAUCCUGCCUGGCCUCUCUAUCCUCAACCUGGCCUUCUUCCUGCUGUGCACACCUGUCCAGAUUUUCGGAGGUAGGCGCUUCUACAUCCAUGCUUACCGUUCUCUGAGGCACGGGGCCGCCAACAUGGACGUGCUCAUCGUCUUGGCAACCACUAUUGCGUACGUGUACUCAUGCGUCAUGCUGCUGGUGGCCAUGGGUGAGGGGGCCAAGCAAAGCCCGGUCACGUUUUUCGAUACACCCCCCAUGCUGUUCGUGUUCAUCGCCCUCGGACGCUGGCUGGAGCACGUUGCCAAGAGCAAGACUUCAGAGGCACUGGCCAAACUAAUCUCUCUGCAGGCCACGGACGCCACUGUAGUGGUACUGGGGCAGGACAACUCCAUUAUCAGUGAGGAGCAGGUCUCCGUCGAGCUGGUUCAGAGAGGAGACGUGGUGAAGGUGUCUCCCGGCGGGAAGUUCCCAGUAGAUGGGAAGGUGAUCGAAGGAACUUCCAUGGCGGACGAGUCACUGAUCACGGGAGAGCCGAUGCCGGUCCGAAAGAAGCCUGGCAGCUGUGUGAUCGCUGGCUCUAUUAACGCACAUGGGGCCUUGCUGGUGGAGGCCACGCAUGUGGGGGCAGACACCACGCUGUGCCAGAUAGUUCGACUGGUCGAGGAGGCACAGACGUCCAAGGCACCAAUCCAGCAAUUAGCAGACAAACUGAGUGGCUACUUCGUCCCUUUCAUCGUCGUUGUCUCCGUGGUUACACUGGGAGCAUGGCUCCUUAUUGGAUUUUUGAACUUUGACAUUGUGGUCAAGUAUUUUCCUAGCUAUGAUAAGAACGUUCCACGGACGGACGUGGUCAUGCGUUUCGCCUUCCAAGCUUCCAUCACGGUGCUGUCGAUCGCCUGCCCCUGCUCUCUUGGCCUGGCAACCCCGACGGCCGUGAUGGUGGGCACCGGGGUGGGCGCCCAGAACGGCAUCCUCAUCAAGGGUGGAGAGCCACUGGAAAUGGCCCACAAGAUCAGAGUGGUGAUGUUCGAUAAAACGGGCACCAUCACUAACGGGGUACCACGGGUGACCCGGGUUCUGGUUCUGUGGGAACAGGCACGCUUGCCCCUACGUACGGUUCUGGCCGUGGUGGGAACGGCAGAGGCCAGCAGUGAACACCCGCUGGGUGUGUCUGUUGCCAAGCAUUGCAAAGAGGAGCUGGGCACGGAGACUCUGGGUUACUGCCAGGACUUCCAGGCUGUGCCAGGCUGUGGAAUCAGCUGCAGGGUUUCCAACUUGGAAGGGCUCCUCGCCGUGGAGGCCAGCCCGGAUUCUGAGGGCAUGCCUGCAUCCCAGCUCAAGCUCCAGGGUUCCACGACGGACGAGAGCAACUUACUCACGGACGCGGGCGGACGCCCAGGUACAGCACAGGCGUCCUACUCUGUCCUGAUCGGGAACAGGCAGUGGAUGCAGAGGAAUGGCCUACACGUCCCAGCCAAUUUGGACGAAGCCAUGAGCAGUCACGAGGCGAAAGGCCAGACGGCCGUCCUGGUGGCCAUAGACGGUGUGCUGUGUGCUAUGCUGGCUAUAGCAGACACUAUAAAAGCGGAAUCUGCCCUGGCAGUGCAGACGCUCUGUAGGAUGGGGAUUGAUGUUAUUAUGAUCACUGGAGAUAACCGACGCACCGCUAAAGCCAUAGCUGCACAGGUGGGAAUCAGGAAGGUGUUUGCUGAGGUCCUGCCCUCUCACAAGGUGGCCAAGGUCCAGGAGCUGCAGGAGAAAGGUGUGAGGGUGGCCAUGGUGGGCGACGGGGUGAACGACUCGCCCGCACUUGCCCGCGCGGACCUGGGCAUCGCCAUUGGGACGGGCACCGAUGUGGCCAUCGAGGCAGCGGAUGUGGUCCUCAUACGGAAUGAUUUACUGGACGUGGUGGCCAGUAUCGAACUGUCCAAGAAGACGGUGCAGAGAAUCCGAGUCAACUUUGUUUUUGCUCUAAUUUACAACCUACUGGGGAUUCCUAUCGCAGCAGGUGUGUUUCUGCCUGUAGGUUUGGUACUCCAGCCCUGGAUGGGCUCAGCAGCUAUGGCUGCGUCCUCUGUCUCCGUACUGCUUUCAUCGCUCCUGCUGCGGCUCUAUAAGAAGACCUCAGCGGAGCAGUACGAGUCGCGCGCUCAUGGCCAAACGUGGAGUCUCAACUCGUCCCAGGUCAGCACCAACGUAGGGCUGGACAGCCGGCCAUGCAGCCCCCACUCCCUCCGCCGCAGCCGGUCCGUUUCCAGAGGUGGAUGCUCCUCCGGCUCCUCCUCCCGGGGCCCCGGGGCCUCCAGCCAGCCCGGUCCGCUUCCUUGCAUCUCCCAUAACCGCCAUUCACUCCUGGACUAUGACCGACAUGGGAAGGAGCUCAUGGUGUAGGAGAUCUAUUCUAGUAGAUGCCUCACUACUUACCGUAAAUAAGUGUGAAAGCAUAACGCAGAGCUGCACGUCUGUUCAGAGUCGUUGUGUGUGUGUGUGUGCUGACGCUCUCUAAUGGAGCACAUAUGUUGUCUUAGAUAUAAGACAAAUUUGGGGUUCUGUAUCAGGGAGAGAAGCUGUUUGUAAUACACCAAUAUACUAAUAUUGUACUCAGUGCACUUAUAUUACAAAUGUCCCAGAGGCCUUUUAUCUGCCUUUUAGUUUUGCACCUAUUUAUCAACAAA